GACAUCAACUCGAUUCAGGAGCUUGUAGACGCACUCGCGGACGCCGGGGACCGUCUGGUCAUUGUGGAGUUCUACGCUCAGUGGUGCAAUGCGUGUCGGGCGCUGUUCCCCAAGAUCUGCAAGAUGAUCGCGGAGAGCCCCGACGUGCUGUUCCUAAAGGUCAAUUUCGACGACAACCGGGCCGCAUGCAGGACUCUGGGCGUGAAGGUCCUGCCGUUCUUCCACAUGUAUCGAGGCGCUGAGGGCCGCGUGGCGGCCUUCUCCUGCACCAUCUCCAAGCUGCAG